UUGCCUCUUCAGUGCUCCCGUGAAGGUUCACGUAAAGGUUCAUGUCAAGAGCAAUACAACGACGGAGGAACUUUCUCGCAAGUGCUGUGUUGUGAGCCCACAAAGCCGUGGACGGAUGGGGCUCCUCGGCUUUCUUCCCAUUGUGCUCUCCAUCCUGCACCUCAUUUGUGCCUUGGAAUCCAUGUCCGUGAAUGAUGACACGGACUACGGUGGCCUGGUGUUCACGUACACGAGCGACGAUGCCAGCGCUGUGCAAGCGGUGAUGUUCCACUUCAACUUGAACCACACUGUGACCACGCACUUCCCAACCGUCUACUCCAAAAGAGCCUGGCAAGCCACAGACUCCACAUGGGUUCAUCGCAACUUGUAUCUGCCCUCCCUGAAGACUACUUGUGUAUUCUUCUGGGCUGCAGUCACCAUUGGCGACUGGACUCGCUUUUUGACGGACAACGGAUCGGCUUGUGCAAACAGCAUACAGCAGGAGCUUGGAAGUAGAAUAUCAUCUUUACCUGAUGAAUUAUCUGAUGAUGAUGUAAUUUCACUCUUAUUGGAUUAUGGACGCAUCCUGCAGCAACCUUAUGAAAUCGAAAGCUCCAUGUCACUCCAAGUUACUCUGAACGCCUCGUUCGACAGAGUCGCGAUCAUACGUAUGAUUAACACAACCACAGAUACUUUCGAUGCACUACUCCUUUCUGGUAAUCUCUACGAAGUUCUUUCAUGUAGCUCCAACUAUAGUUGCGUCCUCAAACUUUCCUACAAUCAGCCAAGUGGUGACGGUGCCGCAAACUCUACGACGAUGGAUUUAGAACACUUUAUGACCUUAUCGGUCGCCUACGUGAAUGACUGGCAAGUGGAUCUAUCCUCGUUCUCCAUUGUCAUCAUAGACAUCCACCGCAGUGUCAAGAACCCUGCUGUUAAAAGUCUUCAACGCAGUCCUGACAUCCGUAACAUGGGCUGCCUGUGUAUCAAUAAAGAUUUGCCAUUAGGUAGAGAAAGAUGGUGUGUAACACUCGGCAGCGCACCGUCACUGAUCACACUAAAGCGCAUGGAGGCUUGCACCGAACCCUUUGCGCACAGGGCAAAUCGGACGCUGCAGCACGUGCUCAGUGGAAAAUGCCUCACGCUUUCCUCAACAUUGGACUUGAGCUUCGAUGAUUGCUCAUUCGCCAGGACUGUUAUAUUCCAGCGCCAGGCAAUGAAAUUGUGGAGGCCUUUGUCAAGCAGCGAUUACAUCUGCGUGAAAAGUGACGGUUACACUCUCCAGCAUGGCACGUUCAAGGAGAGAGCUCGCUUCUUCUUCAGCACAGAAUACUCAAAUCCUGUCGGGAUGGAAUCGAAGUUUUUACCAAAUGCCUUCAUCCGAGCCUCGUCAGAAUUCAGCAAAGCACUGGGCGCAGGCGAGGCCAGGCUGGGCAACCUUGGCGGGUUUUGGAGACCGGCCAUCGAUGCCGGUUCCUACAUCGAGGUGGAUUUUAAGACGCCCGUAAAUGUGACGGGCGUGAUUCUGCAAGGAUCUAGCCCAGAGGUCGACUUUGCCAAAAAGUGGGAACCCUCGUGGGUCACGUCUGUGAUAUUCAGUGCUUCCAACACCAGCGUGUUCAAGGAUAUACAGGUGAGCAGCGUCGAUCUUGACGAGUACAGGAAAGUGAAGAUCUACUUUGCCAAUAUGACAUGCGCGACCAUUUUACGAUUAACUCCGACUUCGUCGCAUGGCAACGUCUCUCUCCGAUUUGAGGUGCUCGCAAACUACCACAAAAUUAACACCACCUUCAUAGACUAUAUCCCAAUCGACACUAACGGAUCGAUAAAGUUCUUCGCCAACAACACCUUCAGCAACCUCGCCUGCUACUGGUGGGAUAUCAGCAACGUCAGCAAAAUCAUGAUCGGCCACGCGCUCUGCGACUACGUGUGCAACUGCAGCGCUAAAAGGUUCCCUUUGCAAAACGACCUGGAGUUCGUGUACACAUUCCCGCUCCUCGGUUUAUACAACGUUACUGUCACCGAGCUGGUGCCCUUCGCCUCCGCGACGUAUGAGCGCAUGGAGGUCGCUGUGAACAGCAGGGGUUGCAAGACCCUGUCGGUAAACAUCGACGACAACAGCGUGAGCCUUGCGAGAGCACGGACCGUUUCUCGUAAAGACGCCCUCGUACGUUUAGCGACGUUAUACGGCUUCUGCAUCCGUGCGCAGAUGUACUUUUUCGAUUGGAUCGCAACCGACCUCUCCAAGGGCUCGUCCAGGCAGCUCAACGCCAUGUCGAGGUACGUUAGGUUCCCGCCAAACUUUUUCAGUCCUGGGAAGUUCUCAGUGACGGCAAAGGGAAGAUACAUCGGGAACUUCUCACUGGAGAAAUCGAGCACCAUCUAUAUCAACGUGCCAGCCUCUCAGCUCGUUGUGGCGUUCCGCGGAGCAGGCACUCGGGUUGUGGGCAACGACCAGGACCUCGUGGUUGAUGCCGGAGAAUUUUCAUAUGACCCCGAUGAUGACAUUUUGCCCGGAAACCUGAGCUUCGCCUGGAACUGCUCGCUGGUGCUAGAUCUGUCGGCCACCCCAGCAGGAUGCGGAGACGGCACCGUCACCAAUGGCUCCAUGUUCAUCGCUAAUGCGAGUGCCCUGAUCGUGGGUUCCACGAUGUCCAUCACAGUCACCGCUACUAAGGGUCACAAGACGGGAUCGGCAACGCAGAUGGUUAAAAUCACCAGCGACUCACCGCCGGAUAUUUACAUAAGAUGCAUCCACAACUGCAAGACCAAGACCGCAGUAACUCAUCCAUUGUCUCUGAUGGCCGUGUGCUUGAACUGCAAGGCCAGUGACGUUGUGACAUACUGUUGGAAGCUGUAUGAUCAUGAAGUACUUCACAGUUAUUUCCACACGCUCACAGACACAGGUGUCCUUUCUAGUGGCCUGGAAGUGAAGAGUAAUUCAUUGCUUAGUGGACUUGUCCUCGUAAUCAAAGUGGAAGUCACAAUCUCGAGAAGGUCUUCAACUGCCGAGUUUAACUUGACAACAAACUUCCCCCCUUACAAUGGCAGCUGUCAUAACAAAGAACGAGAAGGCAUCGCCAGCAUGACACUCUUUACGAUCAUAUGCGAUGGCUGGCUGGAUGAGGGUGACGCGCUGCUCCGGAAUAACGUGGUAGAUCUGGAUCUGGGAUUCUUCUACCAGGUGUCCACGUUAGAAGGGCAGCGUGAACGUAUUGUGCACACGAGCUGGAUUAAAGAUAUGCAGAAUAUCCUCCUUCCGGUCGGCGAUCCACUCAACGAUUACUGUCUCCCACUGAUCGUCUAUGUCUGUGACAUCUACACAGACUGUUCCAUCUGGCAAUCAUCUGUGAAGGCCCACCCGCCGAAUAUGAGUGAGUUCGAGAACUUAGCCAGCAACAUCGCACCGCCCGACGGGAUGUUAUGGAUGUCAAUUGCAACCAACAACAGUAAGAUAGCCAUCGAAGCGAUGCAGACCUACGCUACAGUAUUUUCGACACAGAACGACACGUCCACACAGCAGACUACUUCACACAACAUGUUAUUGGCCAUGUCCCAGUCAACGGGUCAGUUCUACAUACCUGUGGACAUACUUCAGUACUCAGGCACAGUCGCGACUCUCACCAGAAAUGUCGCGGUCGUGAACCAAUCACUGUGGGAUGCUCUGGGGAAGAGUAACCUCUUUGUUGCCGAGACUCUUGGUAAUGGGUUGUCAUCCCUGAGCAACAUCAUAGAUGUAUCGAAAGAUCUCACGGAAACGGUUGGCAAUCUCUUGGACUCGUCACAUAUCACGACACAAGCCAGCCUCAGCGACACCUCGGAACAAGCCAUGAAUCUGUUCAAGCUUGCAUACAAAACCAUACAGUCCUUCGGGAAUGCUGUCAACACGCAGCAGAUGCCUGGCACGCCGGCCAGAGAGAUGGAGCACAAAAACCUCUCCGUGACCCUGGUGACGGCCAGUCAUGCAGACACGGCUGAUAUAAAUGUAACAGGGAAGUACGGAGGCGUCGCCUUCGGCCGGAACCUGCGCGACCCCAACAACACGGAAAAAGUAGCCUUGCAGUUGGUCUCUUUCAGGGCGGACCCGUUCGUGUGGAGCCCCACAGAUCGGCUCGAGUCGUCCGUCAUCAACGUCAAGCUGACCGGAAGCAUCGCCUCAGCCUUGCCUUCCGCCACGAUCCGCCUGACAAAUCCCUCGGCGCCGAAAACAUUAACGAUCAACAGCACCUGCCGAGCCAGCGUGUGCCUGCAACAACAUAAGUUCAGCGUCAGCACACAAGGAUCGAUGAUCGCUCUCACGAUCCUGUCGACGACCGUUCACCAGAUGCUAGAGAUAUUCGUCGCAUUUCGACAACCAGUUUCUCUUGAGCCGCCAAACUACAGCUUCAGUUUCUCGAUGAACGAGUCGCAACAGCUCAGUAAGAAGGUGGAUAAAAUUACACCCAUGAGGUUUGUCAUCCCAGGAAAUUCCACUCAAGCUGGCGACUACUACAUGUGCUUUAAAUUUCCAGGCUCAAACGUAACCAUGGUCACAGUGAUGACUCUAACUGUGACCCGCUGCGAAAUGAAAAACGACAUAGGCGGCUCGUGGGAUCACCACUCGCUGGAGACACAUGACAGCUCCACCGAAAAUUUCAUCACGUGCGUGGUGGACUUGGCGUCUCAGAACUUGCGCUCUGCGAGUGGAGGAAUCGCCAUGUUCAUUGGGGCGCAGGUGUAUGUCCCCCCCAACGUCAUCCACUUCGACACGGUCUUCUCCAAAUUCGACCUUGUGGGAAACGGAGCCGUGUUUGGGACGAUGCUCGCGAUACUGGCCGCGUACGCCCUCGCCAUACUUCUGACUCGCAGGGCGGACAGGAGAGACGCCCUUAAGUGGAUGGUGCUCCCUAUCUCCGACAACAGCAGCAGCUACAGUUACACGUACCUCAUGUCGGUGACGACCGGAAUGAAAUGGGAUGGAGGGACCAAGUCCAAAGUGUUUUUCACAAUCUACUUUGAAGGAGACAACACUGGCAUACGUAUGAUGCAGAAUGGUGUAUAUGAUGAAUUUCCACCCGGUGUCACGAGAGCAUUCAUUGUCUCGAUCCCGCGAUGUUAUGGACGAGCAAAGGCCAUGGAAGUUUGGCUCGAUAGCUCGGAGCUCAGCGACGACCACAGCUGGUUCCUCAACGAAGUCCUGCUGUACGACAUCGAGCAGCACACCACGUUCUUCUUUAUCUUCAAUGCGUGGCUCUCGGUCCUGUAUGGCGAUGGAAGCCUCUCUCGGCGCACGGACUCUGCGCCGGGACACAGCAUCACAAGUUGGUCACGGCUGCUCACGCAGUCUUUCAAGAAACACUUCUCUGACGACUUCCUAUGGAACUCGUGCACAAUGCGCAUCAGCAAGGACAACUUCACACGGACCCAGCGCCUCUCCUGUUGCGUGUCCCUGCUCUUCCUCGUCAUGAUCACCAAUGCCAUGUGGUUCACGGUGGAGCGCGGCAGCAGUGCCACCGCCCUCCUGGGCAACGUGUUCAUCGCGAUCGUCAACAGCCUCAUCGAGAUCCCCGUCAGCAUCCUCAUCAUCUUCAUCUUUCGGCGACAGCGGCCGGCGGGCGAGCGAGCGGGCGGCGAGGGACUGCCGCGCUGGACCAUCUACGUGGCAUGGGCCCUCGUCUUCCUCAUCAUCGUGACGAGCGGCUUUUUCACCGUCCUCUACAGCAUGGAGUGGGGGCCCGAGAAGGCCAACCGCUGGCUCGUGCUCUUCCUGAUGUCAAGCAGCGUCUCCCUGUGUCUGGUGCAGCCCAUUAAGGUAUCAAUUUUGGCACUCAAAUGUCUCAUCACGUCAAGGAGCAAGGAGAGCUAUGGUGAAAUUGAGAUGCAGCUAUUUCUGGACGAGUGGCACCCAGAAGAGAUAGAAGCACAUCACUCGUGGAGCAACGAAUCCAGCGGGUCUGGUGAGCGGCGUUUUAACAAGGGAAUCACUCAACACAACCUCUAUGCCGCGUCUCCUCGUGAAAGUGAGGAAAGCCGCUGA